AAAAAGUCACUGAUGACUGAAUAACUAGGAUUUUAUUUGAGUAUUAAAAUAUUUACGGCUGCCAAUAUAUUUCAAUAUUAUACAUGAAUAACAACAAAUAAAACAUUUGUUUGCUGAACAAUGUUACACAAAGUUUACACUAAUUUUGUAAAUCCUGCAAACUGUUCCAAUUCAAUAGGUGGACUUCAUAUAAGUGGUACGGAAGCAAAACAUUUUUAUCUGGAAGAAGUGAAAGAAGUUCGAUUUGGAGAUUCUAUUGAUAACAAGGUUGACCAUAACAUUGUUAACUCUAAAUGUAACAAAAAAGUUACUAACAAUGAACUCUUGUCUGAUAAGAAUUUAUUUUACCUCGUACAAAAUAAUAAAAUUGAAAAUAUAAAGUUUAUACUGAACAGAUAUCCAAAUAAAAUAAACAUUGUUGAUGAAUUUGGUUGGAGUUUACUUAUGAUAGCCUGCCAAUCAAAUUCAAUUGAGACAGUGAAAGAGCUUUUAAAGCGUGGAAUUGAUACUUCAAUUAGAGAUAAAGCUGGAAACUCUGCAAAUAGUUUAGUAAUUAGAAAUAAAAAUUUUCAACUGGCAGAUAUACUACUAAGUUAUAAGUCAACACCAAAUAUUGAAGUAUGCAAUGAACAUUCCACCCCAAAAAAGAGAAAACCAAUAGAGUAUAAAUGUGAAAUAUGUGAGAAUCAAGUUUUUCCCGAUAAACAGAAACAUCUCUCAUCUACAGUUCAUAACCUAAAUGCAAGCAAAGGGAAAAAGACUGCACCCCAUUAUGUGAUACCAGAAUCUAAUAAAGGGUACCAAAUAAUGUUAAAGGUUGGUUGGGACAAAGAGGUAGGCCUGGGUCCUGCUGGUUUAGGUAAAAGGUACCCAAUAAGAACUGUUAUGAAAUCUGACAGAAAAGGGUUAGGAUUAAAAACUAAGGUAGAAAAUACUACAAGAGAAACAUCUAAAUAUAUCAACAAGAAAUUACUUGCAAAAGAACACCACAACAACAAACAAAUGGAAAUCAAUUUUAGAAGGCAGUUUUAUUAAAUUUUAACUAUCAGACAAUAUUUAUUUAUAUAGAAAGAUGAGAGUAAAGAUUCAAUAAGAAUUUUGAAAGUGAUUAACACAGAUAUAUCAGAAUAAGGUUCAGUAUAAGUGUGUUUAAACCUAAAUUUUAAAAAACUGAAGCAAUAAUUUCCCAUAACAAUUACUUGCACAGCCACAACGAAAAAUGUUUUAUAAUAUCCAAUUUUUUUUUAAAUCAUAGUUUAACAGCCAUUCCCAAUAUUCAGUCUAUCUCUUACUCGAGAUCGUAACUUAUCAUUGACUCUUCUGUCCCAAUAAACUUAUUGACAGUAACUCACCUUAUCCCUACACACUGUAUGUCAAUGGGACGAUGUAUAGCUUACCAGCAAUAGAAGUUUGUAUCGAAAUUGCAAUUCACGUGUCCCAAUAUAAGGCGAUAAGAAUGACUUAUCAGGUAUAUUGGGACAGCUAAUUACUGACAGAAGAAUGUAGUAAUUUAUCUCUAACUGUAGAUAGUAUAUUGGGAAUGGUCGUAAGCAUACCAGAUGUGAGGUGGCAUCUUGUUCAUAACAUUGACAAUGUGAAUGUGAUACAAUUAACUUGCUCUGUGUGUUACCCACUCUGGCCAUGUGAGAUGUUAAUGCCAGGAGUUGAGUGUGCUUAACUGAUAUUAUAGCAGUGUUCCUUGACUGAAAUUUCUGUCUAGCUUCACCUGUUGAGUACAUACAUAAAUAAAACCAACAAAACUAGGAAUCUAUUAGCAGCAAAACUGGCUACCCAAAGUGUGGGACCUCUAGAUGUCUUGCUUAUUUAAUUCUCCUGUAUUGUAAAUUCCUUCACUUAAAUCAUGUAAUAAUUAACCUCUUUUUUAUAUUUAAAUCAAAUCAAUACCAUUUUUUUCGAAGAUAUUAAUAACACAUCAAAAGUUAUACUUGUUAAUAUUUACCAACACUUCGGAUAAGGUUAAGCUUUAUUCAGAAUAAGUAGCAACAAACUCAUUGCCACUUGUUAAAAACAUGUACAGGUUAAUUUGCUUUACAGUUUAUUUAAAUUAUAAUAUGUAAAGUGGUGCAAUAAAAUACUCCUAUCAUCUAAUACUAAAUAGGUUAAAAAAAUGUAUGUGAUUCAAGAACAUGUUUUUUCCAUUUAUGUAAAUUACUCCUAAUAUAAACAAAGGAUUCCUGGACUCAAUUAUUGUGAAAUAAGAUGAUGAACCAGCUCUUGAAUCAUCUAGUACCUACAUAACUGAAAAUAAAUAUUACCAGGUUAAAGGUUGGUUCGGACAACCAUGUGGAGGUAAUCAUGUUACAUAGUCUUAAAACACCACAGUAGAGAUGGUUAGCCUCAAGAUGUUCUGUUUGAGAGUAAGAAAUUGUAUAUUUCUCAAGGUUAAGACAAUAUUAUAACAAUAUAUUGUGUUUAUAUUUAUGAAUUAUUAAUAAGAGGAAAAUAUUGAACUUAGUCAUAUUUAUAUAAUAAUUAUACAUUUACCUGUUUUCGUAAAUAAAUACCUUCGAUCAACUAUAGCAACUAAUAACAAUUAGUUGCUAUUGUUGAUUGAAGAUAAAUACCAAAUGUUGUAUAUUGCUCUAAAAUAAAUUUAUGCAGACAAAUACUUAUCUACAUAUUAUGUAAAUCAUUUUGAAAUUGGAACACAACAUUGUUUUACAUAGGAGCACUUAUUAAAAUAUAUAUUAUA